UAAGACUGUGCUUAGAGCCGCAAAAAGCAUGCUCCUCAGAUAUUCGUCAAAACUGUUUAUCAUAAUGUUUAAUUCUUCAAUUUUUGUCAUAAUUUAAUUUUUGCAUUUGUGAAGAUCCUUUCUGUGACUUCAGACGGGAUUCAUAUAUACAAUAGAUAAACGGUUGAUGACGCAAGCGAAAUCCAAGCAAGUGAGAGUCUGCUCGAUUUUACGUACAUCACAAUUUCUGCAAAAGAACGAUGUCUGGGGUACCUUCAGUAGAACGGGUAGCUCUUGUAGCCUGUGGGUCCUAUAAUCCGAUUACUAACAUGCACCUUCGUAUGUUCGAAGUCGCCAGAGAUCACCUGCACGCCACGGGCCGCUACAAGGUCGUGUGUGGAAUCAUCUCCCCCGUUCACGAUGAUUAUAAAAAAAAGGACUUGGUGUCUUCUAAGCAUCGAUUUGCGAUGUGUAAAUUGGCGGCCGAGACCUCGGAUUGGAUUAGAGUAGAUGACUGGGAAAUAUCCCAACCAGAAUGGACGUGCACGCGGGACGUACUUAAACAUUAUGAAGAAGGCUUUAAUAAACAUGGGAUUUUAUCAAACUUCUCAAGAGAUCAGUCGCAUUUAAAUUCAGGGGCGAUUCGAGUAAUGCUUCUAUGCGGCAACGACUUCCUGGAGAGCUUUGCAAUACCAGGGCUGUGGAAAGCUGAUCAUAUCGACGAGCUCACCAAAAAAUUUGGCAUGGCCGUCAUUUCCAGAUCAAGUUGCGAUGCUGAGAAGUUAAUCUACGAGCAAGACAUGAUAUAUGCUAACCGCACUACAGUCCAUCUUAUCAAAGAGUGGCUUUACAAUGAGAUUUCAUCGACAAAAGUGCGUAAAGCUUUGCGACGAGGGGAAAGCGUUAAAUACGUUGUUCUGGAUUCCGUGAUCGGUUAUAUCGAACGUAAUGGCCUCUACAAAAGUUAGACCAUGCGGACAUCGCCGAACCACUAAUUUCGACAUGGUCUUAACUGGAGUAUACUCACAUGGAUUCAAAGGUGCCCCGAUAGCGUUGUUUUGAUCCAUUGUCAGCAUAUAAUCAUUUCUAUUCUGCGUUGCUGUAUCAAAUACAAAAAGAUGUUAUCCUGCGGAUAAGAGUAUAUCGCCAUUGAUCGCGUCAGAUGAUUAUCACUUACCAGUUUGGCAGUACCAGCAAACCUAGCAUUGUAGGCCUAAAUGUGUCACACGGAUUAUCAUUGUUUCAAAUGAAAUUACAGUGUACAAACACAUUACAUACAAAGAAUAAACACUGAUUAAUUCAUU